GAACGCCGUGAGUGUUUUCAUGUUUGACAGUUCACGUUGACUUUUCCAUCGAAAACAGUUAAAGUGUGAGCGGUGUUGAUAGAAUUUCAUUCGGAAAAUUGCAAUUUUCACAAGUUUUUUCACGAAAUUAGCAGAAAAAUCAUCGUCAAAAUCAACAUUUGCCUUACGGCAGCGGCGACGGCGGCACCUACCGUAGUAAAGUACUUGUAACGAAAUGGAAGAAAGGAAACCAGUAGUGCUGGUUAUGUCCGUCGAUGCGGCAACCGAUCCGGAAUCAUUGAUCGCAAAAGUUCGCAAGAUUCCGAGCAGUGAAGGCCAGCAAGAGCUGGCCGAGGGCCGCACCGGGUACCGAUAUCACAUACGGACCAAGUACUACGAAACAGAUGUUACGUUGUGCCCAUGGAAGAGCUCGGAACAGUUGUGCGACUUGCCGGAGGCAAUUCUGACACAGUUGGACGGAAUUUUGAUAUACUUCGACGCGAAAGAUCGGGAGUUUCUAAAGGUGUUGCCGGAUUAUGCCGCGUUUGUGGCCGACACGGGGAUAGAGUUUGGAAUUCUUUUGUGUUCGGAACUGCAGGAGGAGAGUGACAAGGGGGUUACCUUUAAGGAAGCAAAAGAAUACUGCAACAUUCUGGAUGUGAUCGAAUUGGAACCAAGUGGCGAAACGGAGGAUGGAGAAGCGGCAGGGGUGGACGAGUUGGUGCAGGCGAUGCAUAAUUUCAUCUGGUCGAAUGUGGACAUGAGUAGGAAAAGUGGCGGUGGUGUUGCGGAGAGCAGCGAUGGAGGAGGAGAUGCUGGGACCGGAGAGGAAUCAGCUGCAGCGGUGGCAGAAGAAAACGAGCUACGGAUUGAGGAGGAAUUAAUGGGAUUCGAGAAGCUGCUGACGCAGGUGAUGCAGUUCCGUCCGAAUACGAACUCGUGGACCAGGAAUGAGCGGUUGGCCUACGCGCAGGAGUUUGCGGAGAUUUUCGAUGACUUGAUAGGGGAUGAGGAUUGAAGGGGGAUUCGAUUUGAGAGUUUUUGUUGAACAUGUUCAAGUAAUUCCGCGGAGGUCAUUCCGAGUGUAUGGUUGAUGCUACUGCGACCAUGUUGGAUCUAUUUAUUUUAAAACUGAGUAUUGGACAUUUGAGUGGAAGUGCGUAUUAUAUUUGCCGCGUUUAUUUUAGAAUAUACUAUUGUAACUCAUAUUUUAUAUCGAUGAUUAAACAGAUUAAAAGUUGAAAA